AUUCCGGCGCGGCGGCCGGUCCCACCUCCCGGGGGCGGGGCGAGGGCGGAGCGGGCAGAAGGGAGCGGACGGGCGCCGGGCCGGCUGCGGUCCGUGCGGAGGCUGAGCCGGCCGCGGGCGCGACCGGAGGCAGUCCUGCUCUCUGUCCAUACAGUCAUUGCACUUCUGCUUUUAUGACUUGGAGAUUCUGGCUACGCUUCUCUAGAUUCUUCAGCGGUGCAGGAGACACGGUUCUGUUACUAUGGCAAUGACGGCAGGGACCACAACCACCUUUCCUAUGAGCAACCAUACCCGGGAAAGGGUGACUGUGGCCAAGCUCACGCUGGAGAAUUUUUACAGCAACCUAAUUUUACAGCAUGAAGAGAGAGAGACCAGGCAGAAGAAAUUAGAAGUGGCUAUGGAAGAAGAAGGAUUAGCAGAUGAAGAGAAAAAGCUACGCCGAUCACAACAUGCUCGCAAGGAAACAGAGUUCUUACGGCUCAAGAGGACCAGACUGGGCCUGGAUGACUUUGAGUCUCUGAAGGUUAUAGGAAGAGGAGCGUUCGGAGAGGUGCGGUUGGUCCAGAAGAAAGACACAGGCCAUAUCUAUGCAAUGAAGAUACUGAGAAAAGCAGACAUGCUUGAAAAAGAGCAGGUGGCCCAUAUCCGAGCAGAAAGAGAUAUUUUGGUAGAAGCAGAUGGUGCCUGGGUGGUGAAGAUGUUUUACAGUUUUCAAGAUAAGAGGAACCUAUAUCUGAUCAUGGAAUUUCUCCCUGGAGGUGACAUGAUGACCUUGCUAAUGAAGAAGGACACUCUGACGGAGGAGGAGACACAGUUCUACAUCUCAGAGACUGUGCUGGCAAUAGAUGCGAUCCACCAGCUGGGUUUCAUCCAUCGGGACAUUAAACCAGACAACCUCUUGUUGGAUGCCAAGGGUCAUGUGAAAUUAUCUGAUUUUGGUUUGUGCACGGGAUUAAAGAAAGCUCAUAGGACUGAAUUCUACAGAAAUCUUACACACAACCCCCCAAGUGACUUCUCAUUCCAGAACAUGAACUCAAAGAGGAAAGCAGAAACGUGGAAAAAGAACAGGAGACAGCUGGCAUAUUCCACUGUCGGGACACCGGAUUACAUCGCUCCAGAAGUCUUCAUGCAGACUGGUUACAACAAGUUGUGUGACUGGUGGUCUUUGGGAGUAAUUAUGUACGAGAUGCUAAUAGGAUAUCCACCCUUCUGCUCUGAAACACCUCAAGAAACAUACAGGAAAGUGAUGAACUGGAAAGAAACUCUGGUAUUUCCUCCAGAGGUGCCUAUAUCUGAGAAAGCCAAGGACUUAAUUCUUAGGUUUUGUAUUGAUUCUGAAAACAGAAUUGGGAAUAGUGGAGUAGAAGAAAUAAAAGGGCAUGCUUUUUUUGAGGGUGUAGACUGGGGGCACAUCAGGGAAAGGCCAGCAGCGAUCCCUAUAGAAAUCAAAAGCAUUGAUGACACAUCAAAUUUUGAUGACUUUCCUGAAUCUGAUAUUUUACAACCAGUGCCAAACAGCACAGAACCGGACUACAAAUCUAAAGACUGGGUUUUUCUCAAUUAUACCUACAAAAGGUUUGAAGGGUUGACUCAGCGUGGCUCUAUCCCCACCUACAUGAAAGCUGGGAAAUUAUGAAUGCAGGUCACCUUCGCUCACAACCAAGAGAACUCAGGUAGCUGCAUCACCAGGCUUGCUUGGCGUAGAUGACAAGACACUGAGUUGACGGCGGUGCUUCUGACUACAAGGGGAAAUUCUGCAGGACUAGGAUUUCUAAGACUACUACAGGAAUUGGUUGGCAGUGCCAGCUGGCUUUUUUUUUUUAAUAUUUUAUUAUUUUUGUUAACUUUAUUAUAUGAAGGUACUGGAAUAAAAGGAGCGUACAUCCCUUCCUAACCGCACUGCCUACAUGCGUAGUAGGGUCCAUUCUGCCUGUGCGUGCUGUGGCUUUGUACUGUAACACCUCUAAUCAAUUCAGGAGAAACACAUAUCAUUUAAAGCAACGUAGGCUCACCUGUAGGUAACCCUGCAGUAUUGCUGUUUUACUGCAAAUCUUAUGGGUCUAGAUAAUCAAUAAAACAAAAGCCAUCUUCCAUAGUUGGUAUUAGAACACUUGCCCUGUGGGUUGGGACACCUGUAGAAUAUGUAUGAAGACAAUUUCUGUAAUGGUUUUAAGAAGUUUUAAAACGGAAAUACACUGGUUAUUUAAAAAAUAGAGUUUAUCAUCAUGUUAUUCCACAAGCUCCACAGUAGGGAGUGACAAGUUUAUAAGAAGGAGGAAGUUUGACACCUUCACUCAAGCACUCCACUAAUAUAUUCACUUUGCAUUCAGAAAUACUGACGACUUUAUAUACGUAGUUGUAUACUCAUAGGGAAAUGUACUGUAUUAUAUAAAGUGUAAAGUUGCUUUUCUUGUGACAAAAGGACUUCUUUUUUAACCAGAGGACAUGGCAUUAUUUUAAUUUGAUUCUGGUGAGUUGAAUUUAAGAAAUGACCACGAAGGCUGCCUGUAGAACUAGCGUAUUUUUAUUAAACUAUUUUUUUAAAUGUCAAACUUCUGAUCAUGUAAAUGGACUUGUAGAGAACAAAGAGCUAUUUACUUUGGUUUUUCUAGAAAGUUGUUACAUAUCAUGGCUGGUUAACUUUGAUUUCUUUCGAAGAAAACCUUUCCUUUGAUAGCACUUGUAUUACUGUGCCAUUAUUUUCCUAUGCUCCAAAUGUACCAAAGAUCCUGAACAGAGUGGAUGUUCACAAGUGAGGAGAGUCUCACUGUCCUGUGCGAACGCGGUCUUCAGACGAGGCCGACCUUUGAUGUAGGCCCGCGCAUUCAAGGGCAAUAGAGUUCGCGUUCAGCUACAUCACUGUAGUUAAUGUAAAUGGAAUUAAGGAAGUACAUGCAGGCCCUGGGGGUCAUGAUUAGAGGAUAGGGAGAUGAUGUCAGCAUCAAAUUUUGGGGAUAUUUCCCUAAAAAAUAGUCUUUUCUAGCUCACCAUUUUAAUUUUAAAAUGACUCUCUGAGGUUUUGGUUUCAUCAAUACUAGUGGAGGAGUAACACUUGAUCAAAAAAUGGCCUAAUGUUUGUCUACUAAUUGGUAGAAUUUUUUUUUUAAAGAUACAAUUAUAGCCAUUACGAAUGGUCUGUGAUCCAAAUGUAAAAUGAUCAUUUAUUUGUACAGAUGUUCUUAAUGGGGAAGAAUUGCAUAGGAUUAUUAUGCAAAUCUACAAAAGCUUUUAUAAAUGUUGCUGCUUGCUAGGGAGCGCCACAGGGUUGCGGUAAGGCCAUCCUGAGGUUUUGUCGCGCCGCCCCAUUCUCCCCUUCCAAUCCUUCCCUUUCUCCCUUCCCUUCCCCUCUGCCCUCCUCCCCCCUCCUCUCCCUCCCUAGUGUUUGUUUGAUACUUAUUAUGUGUUCAUCUAAUAGCUCAUCUCCAUUUUUCUUGUUUGGAUCAUGUGGCUGCAUAUCUAGGAGAGAACUAUGAUAAUUCUGGGGUUAUCUCAAUUUGACUAACUCUGGGUUUUCUUAUUAUAACUGCCUCUAAUUUUUAAAAAUCUUUAAAAAACCUGCUCUAUUUUAUGAGAUUUUUCUCAUUCCCCACCUU